CUUUCAGAGCAGUAUGCACAAAUCGUGAAAUCAGAGAAAUCGAUUAAAAAUGUUUCUGAAACGCAGCCUAUCAAAGAUAAUGGGUUUAAACCAUAACCCAACAAUAACAAAUCAUGCUAUGAACGGGUUAUACAUGAUCAAGUAUGACGGUGACCCCGUCAUUGUUCACUUAGCCCCAGUGGCCUAAUGGAUAAGGCACUGGCCUCCUAAGCCAGGGAUUGUGGGUUCGAGUCCCAUCUGGGGUGAUCACUUUUGCGUUUCAUCGUGAGGUCGACAGUGAACGUUUACCGCUAUGAUAAUGAAAACUUAAAAUCCUAUAGGCAGUAAUACGUGAUGACUGCCGACACCUACCUUUUAAUCGGCAGCUGAGAAGUCAUAUUUCACCGUCGCUCCCCGUGAGAGUGACCAUCUUAAGAACAUUUAGCUGUUGAAAUUCAUGACACGGGAACAUAUCAACCACGAUGGAGAGGAAGAGCAUCACACUGUGCGUCCUGCUGAGCGCACUGGCUGCAUCAAUGCAAACAUACCAGCUCCAAGAGGCCACCGUGUUCUGGGAUGCUGCCCAGAAAAGUGUGAUCCUGAAAGAGGGGGUGAUGGAGACGGAGGGGGGAGCGUACGGCUACUUCAAUGACACCCUGCUCAUGUCUGGGUGGGGUGUCUUGGAGAUCUGCGCAGGUCAUGGUGGAAACACACAGGAGGACGAGACCACCUUUUUCCUGGCUGGGUACCUGGAAGGUUACCUCACUGCUGGACAGAUGUUCAAUCAUUACUCCAACAUGUACCCCCAACUCAUAAAGGACGAGAAGGUUCUGAAUCCCCUGAAGAGGUUUUUAAGCAAACAGGACCAGUGGGCAAGAGACCAGGUGAAACUGAGGAGAUACAGCGACCCCUUGUGGAAGCAUCUGGGACUGAUCCUGGCCCAGCUGGAUGGACUCCAUGCCGGAGCGGCACUGUGGGCCAAACGCAAACACAGAGAGCCUCUGUCAGCGUUUGCCCUCCAGAUUCUGAAUGGUGUCGGCGACCUCCUGGACCUUGUCCCAGCUCUGACGCCUCGCUCCAACUCCUCCACGGGGGCCGGCGCUUUCAGGAUGCCAGGAAUGGGCCACUGCACUGCUCUCAUCAAGGUGCUGCCAGGCUUUGAGAACCUGUUGUUUGGCCACUCGAGCUGGUACACAUAUGCAGCCACCAUGCGUAUAUAUAAACACUGGGACUUCAGGUUGUCUGACACACACACCGCCACUGGAAAGAUGUCGUUCAGCAGUUAUCCAGGCUUCCUGAUGUCUUUGGAUGACUUCUACCUCCUCGGGAGCGGCCUGCUGAUGACUCAGACCUCCAUCGGCGUCUUCAACGUCUCCCUGUUUACCCAUCUCAGCCCGCACAGCCUGCUGUCCUGGCAGAGAGUCCGCCUGGCCAACAGCCUGGCGCACAGCGGAGAGGAGUGGGCGCACAUCUUCUCCAAACACAACUCAGGUACAUACAACAGUCAGUACAUGGUGGUGGACCUGAGCAGGGUUUCUCUGGGUCACAGUAUCAGGACUGGAGCUCUCACUGUGGUGGAGCAGAUUCCUGGGAAGGUGAUGCACUCUGAUCAGACUCCAGCUUUACGCAGAGGUUAUUGGCCAUCCUACAACAUACCGUUUCAUAUUGAACUCUACAACCUGAGUGGAUACGGCGUGAUGUGGAAGAGAUAUGGAGAAGACUUCUCUUACGACCUCUGCCCCCGAGCCAAAAUCCUCCGCAGGGACCAGGGCAAGGUGUCCGACCUCAGCUCCCUCAAGUACAUCAUGAGAUACAACAACUAUAAGAGAGACCCCUACUCCAAGGGCCAUCCAUGUAAAACCGUCUGUUGUCGUAACGACCUGAGACCAAGGAGACCGCGUCCAGGAGGCUGUUAUGACACUAAGGUGACGGACUACCAGAUGGCUGUCCACUUGGCUGCGGAGGCAAUAAAUGGCCCCACGACGCAGGGGGGCCUGCGUCCGUUCUCUUGGCAAUCCUUUAACCUUUCUACUCAUCAGGGUCUCCCACACACCUACAACUUUUCAUUUGUGACCAUGAGGCCCACACUGCGUCUGCCAUGACAGAGACAGAAGAAUGCCACUCAUCCGGGUAGAACAGGUCAUGCUUUCCUGUUCGAAGUAUCCGGAAUCCUAGUAUUUGUUGUUACAACACUGAAUAUCCUGUUGGUACACCAGUGAUUUCUGGAAACAGUGUAAAGUUAUCAGAAACUGACCAUUAUCACAACUUAAAAUCAGAUGUUAAAUGGUUAAAUGCAGACAUGGGGAAGUCUGACUGACUUGGUCAAAUGUGCAGUCUAUAAAGUGUUGAAGUCAUUUAUUUUAAUGUCAGUCUAACCUAGAACAACACCAGCCUGAUUGUGUGUCAUCAAACUAUUAACUAAUCCAUUAGUUCAUUAUCCUAAAAUGUAUUUUGGAAUAAAUUAGAUUGUUUUGACUGAAGAUAAGCCAUUAGACACAGUGAGAUGUUCCUGUGGGGAUCACUUUUGCUCUUAUCCAUCCAAGAGUUGCACUAUUUGACAGUGUACUCUGAGUUAACAUGAUGGAUGCAUCAGCAGGUUUUCACAGACUGACAUUUUGCUCCACAAAGAUUAGGUUUUAGCCAUCAGGGAAAUACAAUUUUCUUUUUUAUCAUUAAUAUUAUUUUGGGAAAUAAAUACAGAUGUAUUUGUUCGUUGUUCAUGUUUCAAGUUCUAUGCAAUGUUUACUCAGGUUUACGCAGUGUGGAACAAAAGUCAUCUCACUGAUUUAUGCAAAUAUGUCCUAUGAUAAAGUUUUCAUAUGAUGUAAA